AAAAGCUUAACAAGAGGAAGCACUCUCUCUGUCUGUUGGCUUUUGGCUCACAUCUCUGAGAAUCUGCCUGGUUUUGUAAUCCAGAGUCGACCAUGAAGUUCCGUGUGCAGCAGACUUUCUGCUUCUUGAUGUCCGUUUUAUUCCUCUGUGUUGUUGCAGACCUUCAGGCACCUGUAGUCCACACGGGGCUCGGGAGCCUGAAAGGUGAGUAUGUGAGUGUGAAAGGGAAGGAGACUGGCGUCCAUGCCUACCUGGGUGUCCCAUUUGCCAAACCACCCCUCGGCCCUUCCUUGAGACUGGCUCCACCUCAGCCUGCAGAAGAAUGGGAAGGAGUAAGAGAUGCCACUAAACAGCCACCAAUGUAAGAAAUGUGAACUUCAACAUACUUGG